CACCAGUGAUCAUCACUCGCUAGGUAGCUACUCCCAGGGCAGCAGAAGAAACAACCUGAUUCUGUUUCUCUGAGCUUUGAAGCUAAAAAUUUCCCUCAAUUUCUUCAUCUGUUUUGUUCUGUUCCGUUCCAAGAGGGUUGAUCAGUCUUGAGACGAAAAGCAGUUUAGUGUCUAAAUUAGCAAUGGCUGGGAGUGGAGUUUUUGCUGAGAUUACUGAUGGAGAUGAGUUCAAGUACUACAUUGAAGGGGAGUGGAAGAAGUCUGCCUCUGGGAAAUCUGUUUCUAUCAUUAAUCCAACUACGAGAAAAACUCAGUACAAAGUACAAGCAUGUACACAAGAAGAGGUUAACAAGGUAAUGGAAAUAGCUAAGGCUGCACAAAAGUUAUGGGCCAAAACUCCACUUUGGAAGCGCGCAGAGCUGCUUCACAAGGCCGCUGCUAUUCUCAAAGAGCACAAAGCGCCAAUUGCAGAAUGUCUAGUAAAGGAGAUUGCAAAACCAGCAAAAGAUGCUGUCACUGAGGUCGUGAGGUCUGGAGAUCUGGUUUCUUACACUGCUGAAGAAGGAGUAAGGAUUUUGGGACAGGGCACAUACUUGGUCUCUGAUAGUUUUCCUGGAAAUGAGAGGACCAAAUACUGCCUCAGUUCCAAGAUCCCACUUGGUGUUGUCCUAGCCAUUCCCCCCUUUAACUAUCCUGUUAACCUUGCCGUCUCCAAACUAGCACCUGCAUUGAUUGCUGGGAAUUCUAUUGUUCUCAAGCCUCCUACUCAGGGUGCUGUGUCAGCCCUACAUAUGGUUCAUUGUUUCCACUUAGCUGGUUUUCCAAAGGGCCUUAUUAACUGUGUCACUGGGAAAGGUUCUGAGAUUGGUGAUUUCCUCACCAUGCAUCCUGGUGUGAACUGUAUAAGCUUUACUGGCGGUGACACUGGGAUUGCAAUCUCAAAGAAAGCAGGCAUGAUCCCCUUACAAAUGGAGCUGGGAGGAAAAGAUGCUUGUAUUGUCCUUGAGGAUGCAGAUUUAGAUUUGGUUGCAGCAAAUAUUAUCAAAGGAGGUUUUUCUUACAGUGGUCAAAGGUGCACAGCUGUUAAGGUUGUUUUGGUGAUGGAAUCCGUGGCUGAUGAUCUUGUUGCAAAAGUAAAUGCCAAAGUAGCAAAACUAAAAGUUGGACCUCCCGAAGAUGAUUGUGAUAUAACUGCAGUUGUCUCAGAGUCAUCAGCAAACUUCAUUGAAGGGUUAGUUGUGGAUGCUAAGCAGAAGGGAGCAACAUUUUGCCAGGAAUAUAAAAGAGAGGGUAAUCUAAUCUGGCCACUUUUGCUAGACCAUGUGAGGCCAGACAUGAGGAUAGCAUGGGAGGAGCCAUUUGGGCCAGUUUUGCCAGUGAUUAGGAUUACCUCUGCUGAAGAAGGAAUUCACCAUUGCAAUGCAAGCAAUUUUGGCCUACAGGGUUGUGUCUUCACCAAAGAUAUCAACAAAGCUAUGUUGAUCAGCGAUGCCAUGGAGACGGGAACCGUCCAGAUUAACUCCGCUCCAGCUCGUGGACCUGAUCAUUUUCCCUUCCAGGGAAUUAAGGACAGUGGAAUAGGAUCACAAGGCAUCACCAAUAGCAUUAACAUGAUGGUUAAGGUCAAGAGCACUGUGAUUAACUUGCCAUGCCCAUCCUACGCAAUGGGCUAAUGAUUUCAAUAGCUAAUUAGCACCAAUAAUUUCCGUGUGUUGUUAACAACAACACAGCAACUAUAUAGAAUAACCUCUAUUCUGUUUUUGCACUAUAUAAAUAUGUUGUUUGAUGGAGCAGCCCCCUAUUGUCUAUUUUGAUGAUGCAAAUUGAGGCAUUUACCCAAUUGUGUU